UUCAACUUCAGUCGGAUAACGUUCUCCUGCAGUUCUCAGUCUGCUAAUUGUACUGCUCAUCCAGGCAGUCGUUCUCCCAUGGCUUCUCACCUUGCACUAACUCUUUCCUCCGCUCUUCUCUUCUCCAACCCGAAGCCAAGAACCGUAGACCUUACUCGACAGUCUCCUCUCGGAAGGACCAGCAGGAAGGAUAUACCCUCAGCCAGUGCCUCCAGCUCGCUACCUCCGUUCAAACUGUUCGAGCCGCAACAAGUUGAUGAAUCGCCGUUUCCUCCCGAUUUGGAGCCCGCGGAUCCUGAUUUCUAUAAGAUAGGGUAUGCACGGAGUGUUCGAGCAUAUGGGGUCGAUUUCAUGGAAGGGCCGAAUGGUUUCGGGGUGUACGCUUCUCGAGAUGUAGAGCCUCUGCGCAGAGCAAGGCCAAGAACCGUAGACCUUACUCGACAGUCUCCUCUCGGAAGGACCAGCAGGAAGGAUAUACCCUCAGCCAGUGCCUCCAGCUCGCUACCUCCGUUCAAACUGUUCGAGCCGCAACAAGUUGAUGAAUCGCCGUUUCCUCCCGAUUUGGAGCCCGCGGAUCCUGAUUUCUAUAAGAUAGGGUAUGCACGGAGUGUUCGAGCAUAUGGGGUCGAUUUCAUGGAAGGGCCGAAUGGUUUCGGGGUGUACGCUUCUCGAGAUGUAGAGCCUCUGCGCAGAGCAAGGAUGAUUAUGGAAAUUCCUCUAGAGUUGAUGUUGACAAUCAGUCAAAAGCAUCCAUGGAUGUUUUAUCCAGAUAUUGUGCCUAUUGGUCAUCCUAUAUUUGAUAUUAUAAACUCCACUGACCCAGAGACAGAUUGGGAUCUGAGGCUCGCUUGUCUCCUAUUGUUUGCAUUUGAUGUAGAAGGCAACUUUUGGCAGUUGUAUGGCGACUUUUUACCUAGUGCAGAUGAAUGCACCAGUUUGCUUCUGGCUGAGAAGGAAGAUCUUCUGGAGCUACAGGAUCCAGUCCUUGCUUCAAAAAUGGAACAACAUAUUCAACGGGCCAUAGAAUUUUGGGAAAAGAAUUGGCAUUCUUCUGCUCCAUUAAAGAUAAAGCGACUAUCUCAAGACCCUGAAAGAUUUCUUUGGGCAUUAAGUAUUGCUCAGUCACGCUCUCUUAGCAUGAAAAUAAGGAUUGGUGCACUCGUGCAGAAUACUAACAUGCUUGUUCCUUAUGCUGAUAUGUUGAAUCACUCGUUUCAGCCAAACUGUUUCUUUCAUUGGCGUUUUAAGGACCGUAUGCUUGAAGUAAUGAUAAAUGCAGGGCAGCGCAUCAAGAAAGGAGAUGAGGUAGCCUCUUGACAUGUUCUUUAUGUAGUU